AUGACAGCCGCGACGGCCAAGUUUUACACGUCGGUGAUUCGCCCCGCCGUUGAGUGGCUUGCGGAUGCCACGCUGAUUCUGGCGCUGGCGUUCGCUCUGCUGAGCACACACGCAAUGCUUGCCAUGAUUGUCGCCUACGUCUUUGUCGUCAAUCCGUUUGUCGAUGGUCAGGGCGACGGUGGCGUUUCGCUGGACAAGUCAAACCCGCUCUUCCCCAACACUCAUCCGCUCUGCAUGGGCCUGGCGUUCGGCGUGUUCAUGCCCGAAGCGGCGCUCGUCUAUCGCUGGCUUCCCGCCUCACGGCCCGUGAAAAAGUACUUGCACAGCGCUUUGCACACGGCAGCCAUUGUUGCCUCGAGCAUUGGCUGGUAUGUCAGCUGGAACACGGACGAGAUGGUCGGGUUUGGCCAUUUCAAUCGCCUGCACUCGCACAUCGGGCUGAUCGCCUUGUUCCUGUUCUACUGCCAGUAUCUGGCAGGGUUUUUCGCGUUUCUCUUCCCCGGAGCCCCGCUCGAAGACCGUCCGCGAUACGCGCCAAACCACAAGUUCGCUGGCGUUCUUGUCAUCUCGAUCGGUGCCGUCGCGAUUUGCACGGGCGUGCUGUACAUCCAGACUGCCUAUGCCGAGCAAUUUGGCAUCACUGACACCAACCAGUACUUUACCAUCUACAUUGGUCUCAUUGCGCUGCUCACUGCCACUAUGGUUGCAAUUGGCGUUUCGCGUUCCACCGCCAAGCAAGCCGACACCAAUCUUUCCCUCCGACCUGGGCACUGA